CAGCAGGAAGGUCUGUGUCAGCAGGAGGAGACAGAAGAAGAAGAAGAAGAAGAAGAAAACUCCUCCUCCUCCUCCUCUUUCUUUCACCUGUGGACAUCUCCCCUCAAAGUUCGACUCUGCUGCCUCCCUGGACCCGAGUGUUUCCUUUCCUUCCAACCCGAGGAUGGAGAAGUACGAGAAGAUCGGAAAGAUCGGAGAAGGCUCCUACGGCGUCGUGUUCAAGUGCAGGAACAGAGACACGGGGCAGAUCGUCGCCAUCAAGAAGUUCGUGGAGUCGGAGGACGACCCCAUCAUCAAGAAGAUCGCACUGAGGGAGAUCCGGAUGCUCAAGAAACUGAAACACGCCAACCUGGUGAACCUGAUCGAGGUGUUUCGGCGGAAGCGGAAGCUCCACCUGGUUUUCGAGUACUGCGAUCACACGGUGCUCAACGAGCUGGACCGGCAUCCCAGAGGUGUCCCUGAGGCCCUGGUGAGGAGCAUCACCUGGCAGACGCUCCAGGCCGUGAACUUCUGCCACAAACAAAACUGCAUCCACAGAGACGUGAAACCGGAGAACAUCCUCAUCACCAAACAUCAGGUCAUCAAACUCUGUGACUUUGGCUUUGCCAGGAUUCUCACUGGUCCAUGUGACUACUACACAGACUACGUGGCGACUCGUUGGUAUCGAGCCCCCGAGCUGCUGGUGGGGGACACGCAGUACGGUGCCCCAGUGGACGUGUGGGCGGUCGGUUGUGUGUUUGCUGAGCUGUUGUCAGGGAUCCCUCUGUGGCCCGGGAAGUCCGACAUGGACCAACUGUACCUGAUCAGGAAGACUCUCGGAGAUCUGAUCCCUCGACAUCAGCAGGUUUUCAGCAACAACCAGUUCUUCAGUGGAGUUUCCAUCCCAGAGCCACAGGAGAUGGAGACUUUGGAGCAGAAAUAUCCGAACCUCUCACAUCAAGCUCUGAGUCUCCUGAAGGGUUGCCUGAGGAUGGACCCGUCUGAGCGGCUGACCUGUGGCCAGCUCCUCCUGCAUCCGUACUUCGACCACCUGCGGGAGAAGAGCCAGAGCUCGUCCCGUGAGCAGGAUCGUUCCAGCAACAAGAGGACGCGCUUCCCUCGCAAGCAGCUCCCCCCCGGGUAUUUGCCGCAGCUGACCGGCAGCAGCAUCUUCCCGGCUCUGGACAACAAGAAGUACUACAACAACCUGCGCAGGUUCAACUACCACCUCCCCAACAUCUAAACCCACUGAUCCCGGAUCUGGAUUCUAAUCCUCACCAUCGAUCUGCUGUUUCCUAAUAAAACACUCAGGAGGGGAAGCGUCAUGGUUCUGAAAGCACUCGAGAGGAUUCCAGCACUUUUUACAGUUUGUUUUCCACAUGAGGUGAUGCCGGUCUAUGCACUAUUCCCGGCGUGUGGAGUCGGAUUUCCUGGUUAAUGUAUGUUGCCUACAUGUCAAGUCGAUUUGUACUUUGUGUAGACGUGUGAAGACGAGGAGCGACGUGCCGCUCUGCUUGUAGUCGCUGAGUAGACUGGAGGUAAAACUACGAC